AUGCAGAUAUCAUCGAACAGCAUCGCAGAAGAACGCUCAGUGGUGCUCCCUUCUAAGGAUAUGUACGGCUCUCCAAUGACGUCAACUCCUUUUGCUGACCAUCGAUCGAAACGCACAAACUUGCAUGAUCUGAGUCGCGAGUGUGCGUCGAUAUCAGCAAUCGCGGUGCUACCUGAGAGAAUGCCAUCGGCACGUGCACAGUACUCCUCAACUCGUACCGUCGAGAAUAAGAGGGUGGCUUUCCUUGAACCCAAAACGAACAUGAACAGUAUAUCACCAAUCAUUCGCCAGAACACUUUACUUUCAUCAUCAGCUAUCGACCGCGCACUUUCAGAGAGUCGUGUUGUUUCAAUGAACGAUAGUCAGUUGAUUGCUGCAUUGAACAACGCAAGGAAACGAACCGAACAUCUCACCUUCAAAGUACCUGAUCUUAUUGGAUCGAAUUCACAGGGGAAUGCAAUAUCAUCAACUAGGAAUAUUUAUAAACAUCGAGAACGGGUUGGUAUGGAGCCACUGAGAAGUAAUAAUCAGAUCGAGAAUAUACAUCAGUCAAAUGGUGGGAAUAUGUGGAAUGGAGAUGCAGGGGUGCAAGAACGAGAGAAUAUACCGACAGCGGUGGAAGUAAGAGGAAUAGAAUGCGGUGAAUUACAACAAUCUGGCAGUGUGAUGUUGAAACGCAGAGAAGAUUAUUGUCUGCAUGUGACCUUCAAACCGAAUACAGCUGCAUUCUUCAAGAGCGCCAUUUGUAUUGUUGUUCGCAAUGUGGAACGAAUCAGUUAUUCGAUACCAGUGAGAGGUGCUGGUGGAACGGCGAUUUUGAUAUUGCGAGAUCAGGGACAUGAUAUCAGUCGGAUGAAGGACGGCUCUUUCGUUCUGACCACAUCACAUCCUAUCAGUGUUCCAAUCGAAAUCAAAAAUGUUGGUGUGAGGGAUGCGUUCGCAGUGAUAAGUGUUCUCGAUUCAACGACCAAAAAGCGUAUCGAUCGAGUCAACAUAUUGCCUUCUGAUAAGGCUGUUAUUCUUAGAAGACAAAAGAUGAAAUUUGAAAUCAAAAUUGACGAAAAAGAGUUGGAAGAAGCGAGAAACAGAGUAGACACAACAGCAGCUACCUUCGGAUCGACAAGUGCGUUAUGCGGUCGAAGUAAUUACGUGAUUCGAGUUAUAUGGGCUGAGGAGUUAUUGAGAUAUCGACUGAAACGUGCUGAAGAAGAGUUGGGUCGAGAGUGGAAAGUGGAUGAGAUAUCGUUCACGAGAGGCGUGUUCGCAAACGAAGAGAAGGCGAAGCUGGCUACUGCUGCGUGCAGUGCUCCCUACAACGUUGCUGAUCGAGAUACUUUCGAAUGUCAUCUUCGAGUCAUGACUAUUUCGGUGGCUGAUAACAGACGUUUCAUCGUAAGGCAGCAACCUCAACGCCAGACUCAGCACGACGAUGCUCAAGUGGUCGUUCUAGAGCCGGAUGCUACUCUGACAGCACCUGAUGCAACAACGGCCAUCAUUCAAGAUGUCACUCUUGUCCCACACAAAUGA